AAAUGAGCGUAGAAAACAAUUCACACGUGUUUUGCCGGUAGAAGAGUUGUGUCGCAAAAGUUGUUAGUGAAAGCCCACUCAUGAAAAAGAAAAGCCGAAAGCCUCAACACAAACGGAACCGCGCAAAGGUGGAAGCACCGGUUGAAGAUGAACCUGCUGCGAUUAAAAAUGCUCCACACUCGUUCGUCAUACGACGCGGAGAACGAUGCUCAUCGAUUAGCAGACUGUCUCGUGAUUUCCGCCGCAUGAUGGAACCUUUCACAGCAUCGAACCUUCGUGAGAGACGCAUCAACAAGGUGAAAGAUUUUGUUCAUUUGUCCGGAUUCUUCCACGUUUCGCACAUGUGCGUAUUUUCGCUAUCGUCGCAAACACUGUCGCUCAAGAUAAUACGCAUGCCGAAGGGUCCCACCCUGACGUUCAAGGUGUACCAGUACACUUUGGCAAAGGAUGUUAUUAGCAACUCGCGUAAGCAGUUUGUAGAUGAAGAGUGCUUCAAAACGGCCCCACUGGUCAUAUUGAACAGCUUCAGUGGAGAAGGGAAACAUUUGAAGCUAAUGGCUAGCACGUUUCAAAACAUGUUUCCUCCGAUUAAUCUCUCCACGAUAAAACUCUCGUCUCUGAAACGAUGCGUACUGCUAUCAUACAACCCGGUAAGCAAAUUGAUCGAUCUUCGACACUACUCUGUCACAGUAGUUCCGGUAAAUUUGAAUCGAGGAGUGAAGAAGCUUGUAACGCGCAACAUACCAAACUUGGGAAAGUUUGAGGAUAUAGCUGAUUUUGUCGAGAAAGGACAUCUUCUUUCGGAAUCCGAAGCCGAUGACGAAGAAGCACACGUUGUGCUAGCGCAGAAUCUAAAGUGUGGAAAUUUGGCCGAAAAUCAAUCAUCUUUACGAUUGCACGAGAUUGGUCCUCGUAUUACGAUGCGGUUAAUGAAGAUAGAGGACGAUCUUAUGACGGGCGAAGUACUCUAUCACGACUAUAUCGAAAAGGACGCGAUCGAAGUGGAAGCUCUCCGCAAGAAGCGUGCUCAGCAGCGCCGACUAAAGGAGCAGCGCAAGCACAAGCAGGAAGAAAAUUUGAAAAAGAAAGAAAACGACAAAAAGGAGCACCGUGCUAAGACGUCCAAGCAAGGCAAGAGCGGCGAAAUAACGGAACAGGACAAGUUGCUACUGAAAGAUGCGGAGGAAGCUGUGGGCGAUAUAUCGGAUGAGGAUGACCGCGAAUACUAUCGCAAGGAAAUUGGCGACAAUCCGGAUGAAGAGUUGUUCGAAUCGGCUGGAAGUGGCAACCGUAAACGACCGUUCAUUCCGAAGGGAUCAAACUAUUCGCUUAAACCGAAAAAGCCUCGUAUGGAUAAGCGUAAACAGUACGAAGAAGACGACCGACUUGCCCGUCAGGACGGCAAGCGAAGAGGAAACGAAGGGAAGGAUAAGAAAGGCAAGGCAGGGAAGUUUGCUAAAAAAGGGAUGGGUGAUGAUUUUAGAGGGAAAUCAAAGUAUAAUGGUGGCAAGAAAAACAACACUGGAGGAAGAAAGUCUGGUGGUAAGAAAUCUUCGAAAAGAAAGUGAGUCCUAAAUAAAGCCAUAUACCUUAUGACACGGGGUAA